AUGCAGCUCCACAACGUCUGUUCAAUCCUCGCAUUGCUCGCCGCUGGUGUUUUCGCCCUACCAGCACCAGUAAAUCCCUCGGAAAUUCAAGCUCGCAGUGCUGCCGACAAGGCAAAACCCAAGCCGCAGACUGAAAGGGUGUGGAUGGACGAGCCGGAGGCGGCGCAGUAUCUUAGCGAUCCGAGGUGGAAGCUGGUGAAGAAGAAAUACUCGUGCGGCUACUGUGACUCCUCAAGCAGUAAGGUGGAUAAAAUAAACAAGCAUAGGGAUGAGGUUCAUGGAACCCGUCAAGCACAGGUGGAUCACACCAUUUAUCCCGGUGAAACUAGAUUGACCUUCGAAAGGGUAUCAGGAUAUCCAUAG